AUGAACGGAGCUUUGAUUGAGGUCAAACCUAGACUCCCCUUCACCAAUCUCUUCCUCUCCCUCUUCUUCCUCUUACUUCAACGACACCAGCCCAAAGAACCCGCCGCCAUCUACCAGACUCAACCACAUCGCCCUGAAGUUCGCUUCUCUCAACGACCUAGCCCAUAUGAUCCAAAGGGGAACCAGAUUGAGACCAUGAUGAAGAACUAUGACAACCUCGAAGAUGAGCAGGCGAGCUAG